AAGCCCACCGAACAACACAGACUGUCAUGUGACAAGAGAAGAAGAGUGAUAGUUCUGAUUCUGUACAUGUAAACAAAGCUCAAGAAGACUGAGGAUCUACUACUGAGAGCCAUGGCACACUGGUUCCAUAGAAACCCACUCAAGGCAACAGUUCUGGUCAAAUUCGAGGCACUCCAGAAGAGUUCCAAAGGAGCCACAUGCAAAGAGAUCAUCACUAAACUCAAGGCUGGUCGAGCGUGUUUCCAAGAGUUAGUGUCCAAGCACUCGAGUGCAGUAGAUGAGGUCACGGUGGCGUUCACAGAGUACGCUGGCCUGCUCCGAGGGUUGGUGGAUGCUCCAGAGGGAGGGGACAGUAAGCUGAGGGGACUCACUUCCUUCAAGUGGACUAGCUCUUGUCUCGGCCGCACUCCAAGUAUACAGACUGAUGCCUGGUUUGAGGUGAUCUCUGUUGUCAUGCAGCUAGCCAUCUGGCAUACCAAGCACGCAGCACACAUUGCCAUGGACGACAGUAUCUCUGUGGACCAAGCUAAGGAGGUUCACCGGAGUCUCAAACUAGCAGCUGGCAUGUUCCUCAACGUCAAGGAGACCCUCCUCCCCAAGCUACAGGCCACACCAGACAAGGGAGUGGAUACUGACCAGCGAGUGGUAGAUGCAUACGCACAACAAGCACAAGGUGAAGCACAAGAGGUGACUAUAGGAAGAGCCCUGGAGAUGGGCCACAAAGCCAGCGUUAUAUUCUCUCUGGCCAUGGAGACUGCAGCCAUCUUUAAACAAGCUGCUGAUGCUCUGAAGACGCUGGACCCAGUGUUGUUUGGAAAGUGGGGCCAUUAUCUCGGGCUCAAAGCAGCUGUGUAUGAGGCCUAUGCCUACUGUUUCUAUGGCAAGGAGCUAUUGGAGCUAGAGAAGUGUGGAGAGUCCAUUAGAGUGCUAAGGCAUGCUCAGGCCUUGAGCACCCAGGCGAGCAAGAUGUGUGACAGGUACAAUCGUACCAAGGGAGCGGGUACCAUUGCUCACCCGGAGAGACAUCCCUUCUUCCAAAAACUGGCACCCAUGGUCAAACUCCACCUGGACAAGAGCGAGAGAGAAAAUGGAUUCAUUUACCAUCACAAGGUUCCGGAGGAGUUGCCUGUGAUAGAGAAGAAGCAAGUGUACGGACUAGCCACACCCGAGGACUUCACCCUCCCCCCACACCACCCCCUCUGGACCCCCGAGGCAUACGCUGCCUUCGAGGUCUCAGCACAGGCCAGUGAGAAGUAUGACACCAAGGCCUCGGCAGCUCAAGAGGAAAUUGCCCCUGUACAAGAGCCAGACAUUGCCCCAGGCAAGAUACCACAGCCCAAGUCGACCAAGUCAGACUGCACCAUUUCCUAGCCUCAGACUUGUAUGCACAUCUUCGUUAAUUUGUGCUAUUUUGCACUUUUGUUUUGUCCAUUUAAUCGUCAUUGUACGUACGUAUAAUUAUACUGUAGCCUUUUAUCAGCACCGUAACUGAGGAUUAUUAUUAAAUCGGA